UGGGGUCAGUGACAGACAGGCCUUUUACCAUGAGCAGUUCUACUUCUCCUGCAGAGAGUGCGAGUGAUGAGAAGAAAUUUAAAGAAAAGAGAUUGCCAUGUUCCUCUUCAUGUGUUCUUCAUCUUCAUCAUCUUCCAAAUGAUGUUACUGCAGCAGAAAUAAUUUUGUUAGGCCUCCCUUUUGGCAAAGUAACCAAUCUCUUGAUGCUACAAAAUAAAAAUCAGGCAUUGUUGGAAAUGGCUUCUGAAGAAGCUGCUAUUUCUAUGAUGAAGUCCUAUACUCUUGCUCUGCCCCGCCUCCAAAGUCAGCCUGUUUAUGUUCAGUUCUCCAAAUAUAAACAACUGCAGACCUAUCAUCUACCUCAUCAGGCUACCAUUCAAAAUAUAUUGCAAGCUAUGAAUGAUAUGUAUGCUAGAAGGCUGCCUCUUAGAAGUGCUUUUGCUGCCAAAGACACGCUUGUUCCAGUUCAAGGUUCUGUUCUUCAAAUCAUUGUUGAAAAUCUUGUCUACCCAGUCACUUUCGAAGUGCUGCAUCAGAUUUUCUCUAAAUUUGGAACUAUCUCAAAGAUUAUUACCUUCAAUAAGAACAAUCAGUUCCAUGCUUUGCUCCAGUAUUCUGAUCCAAUGAAUGCGUAUUAUGCCAAAAUGGCUCUGGAUGGCCAAUGUAUCUAUACUGGAUGUUGCAUUCUGCGUAUUAAUUUCUCCAAGUUAGCUACUCUUAAUGUAAAGUACAACAAUGACAAGACCAGAGAUUUCGCUUACCCUGACUUUCCUUCUGGUGAUGGCCAACCGUUCCUGCAGUCAUAUGUACCUCCUGGCCUUGUGAUGGCACCAUAUGCAGGGGCUGCUGGGUUUGCCCCAGCCAUGAGGCUUUCUCAAGGUGGUCUUUUGGUUCCAGCUGUUCCUGGACCACUUAGUUCUCUUGCAGUCACCAUGUCUGCGAUGCCUGGGCAGAUGACUACUCUUGGUGUUCCAGGAACUUCUGUUGUACUAGUCAGCCACCUCAAUCCUGAUGCCAUCACACCACAUGGACUUUUCAUCCUAUUUGGUGUGUAUGGGGAUGUGCAUCGUGUGAAGAUCAUGUUUAAGAAAAAAGAAACUGCUUUGGUUCAGAUGGCAGAUGCAACCCAGGCUCAGUUAGCAAUCACCUACUUGAAUGGACAGAAGCUUCACGGAAGGUUCCUCCGUACUGCUUUUUCAAAACAUCACACAAUACAACUUCCUCGUGAUGGACAAGAGGACCAAGGUCUGACGAAGGACUACAGCAAUAGUCCUUUACAUCGCUUUAAGAAGCCUGGCUCUCAGAACUUCCGUAAUAUCUUUCCUCCAUCUGCCACCCUUCAUCUCUCCAACAUCCCGCCUUCUGUUACUGUUGAUUAUCUGAAGGACCUUUUUGCAAGUAGAGGAGCUGCUGUGAGAGCCUUCAGAUUCUUAGAGAAACAUUGCAAAACGGCUCUUAUCCAGCUGGGCUCUGUGGAAGAAGCAGUUGAAGCUCUCAUUGACCUUCACAGUCACGACCUUGGAGAAAACCGUUACCUGCAAAUCUCCUUCUCAAAAUCUACAGUCUGA